CGCGCCGUGGAGCGGGACGGGCACUGGCCAUGGAUCGGAUAGCGGGCAAGGACCUCGCCCUGGCGCCGCUGCAGGACUGGGGCGAGGAGACCGAGGAAGGAGCGGUGUUCAGCGUGUCCUUACGUCGGCAGCUCAGUCAGCGCUCGAGCCCGAGGGAAGGGCCUGGGGGCAGCCAGGCCUCCAGUCCCGCUGCGGACGCCUUCCUCCAUUACCGCACCAGCAAGGUGCGGGCGCUGAGGGCCGCGAGGCUGGAGCGGCUGGUGGGGGAAUUGGUGUCUGGAGACCACGAGCAGGACCCGGGCUUCGUGCCUGCCUUCCUGGCCACCCACAGGGCCUUUGUAUCCACUGCCCGUGUGCUGGGCCUUCUCCUGCCACCACCGCCACCGCCCCUGCCUCCAGGGACAGAGAUCAAGAAGACAGAGGCAGGAGGUCUGCCCGUCAACAAGAACUUAAGGGCUGUGGUGUCCGUGCUGGGCUCCUGGCUGCGGGAUCACCCUCAGGAUUUCCGGGCUCCCCCUGCCCACUCGGACCUAGGCAGCGUCUGCACCUUUCUGGGCUGGGCGGCCCCAGCAGGGCCCGAGGCCCAGGAGGCAGAGAAGCUACUGGGAGAUUUCCUGGAAGAGGACGAGCGAAAGCAGGAAGACGAGGAGCAGCCUGAGGCGUGGACAGUACCUCCUGGAGCUACCCAGACCCCACGCCCAGACUCCCCAGAAGGCUGCUGGGAAGAGGAGGAAGCAGUGGCGCGGGAAGGCCCUGAGCUCCUAGACUUCAGUGUAGACGAAGUGGCCGAGCAGCUGACCCUGAUGGAUGUGGAGCUCUUUUCUCGGGUGCGGCCCUGCGAGUGCCUGGGCUCCGUGUGGUCACAGCGAGACCGUCCAGGGGCCGCAGGCACUGCCCCCACUGUGCGCGCCACUGUGACCCAGUUCAACAUGGUGAUCGGUUGCGUGCUGGGCUCCGUGCUCGGAGCGCAGGGCCUGGCGGCCCCACAGAGGGCGCAGCGGCUGGAGAAGUGGAUCCGCAUCGCCCAGCGCUGCCGCGAACUGCGGAACUUCUCCUCCCUGCGCGCCAUACUGUCAGCCCUGCAGUCUAACCCCAUCUACCGCCUCAAGCGGAGCUGGGGCGCCGUUAGCCGGGAACGGUUAUCCACUUUCAGAAAACUCUCGCAGAUUUUCUCCGAUGAGAACAACCACCUCAGCAGUAGAGAGAUUCUUUCCCAGGAGGAGGCCACCGAGGGCCCCCAAGAGGAGGACCCCCUCCCAGGAAGCCCGCCCCCAAAACUGCCCCCAGGCCCUGUCCCUUACCUUGGCACCUUUCUCACGGACCUGGUUAUGCUGGACACAGCCCUGCCGGACGUGCUGGAGGGGGAUCUUAUCAACUUUGAGAAGAGGAGGAAGGAGUGGGAGAUCCUGGCCCACAUCCAGCAGCUGCAGAAGCGCUGUCGGAACUACUGCCUGAGUCCCCGCGCACCCAUCCUGGUGGCCCUGCGUGCCCAGCGCCAGCUCAGCGAGGAGCAGAGCUACCAUGUCUCCCGUGUCAUUGAGCCGCCAGCUGCCUCCUGCCCCAGCUCCCCACACAUCCGACGGCGCCUCAGCCUCACCAAGCGCCUCAGUGCAAAGCUGUCCCGAGAGAAGGGCUCAUCCCCUGGUGGGAGUCCUGGGGACCCCUCGUCCCCCACCUCCAGUCUUUCCCCAGGGUCCCCGCCAUCUAGUCCUAGAACCAGAGACCCUCCUCCUGGCAGCCCCCCGGCCUCUCCAGGGCCCCAGAGCCCCACCACCAAGCUGCCCCUGAGCCCGGACCUGGCAGGCCCCCGGCCCUUGGCUUUGCCUCUGAGCGGCUCUCACAUCUCCUUACCGGGGCAGCAGGGAUCAGAGGCUCGAGUCAUCCGCGUCAGCAUUGACAAUGACCACGGGAACCUGUAUCGGAGCAUCUUGCUCACCAGUCAGGACAAGGCCCCCAGCGUGGUGCAGCGAGCCCUGCAAAAGCACAAUGUGGCCGAGCCCUGGGCCCGUGACUACCAGCUUUUCCAAGUCCUUCCGGGGGACAGGGAGCUGCCGAUUCCUGACAACGCCAAUGUCUUCUAUGCAAUGAGUCCAGCCGCCCCUAGAGACUUUGUGCUGCGGCGGAAGGACGGGGCCCGGCACACAGCUACCAUCUCCUCGACCUGAGGGGGCCCUCUUCUCCCUCUAGGGGCCUGGUCCCUGCCACCAUGGAUGUGGGAGAGGCCUCCUCUCCCAGAAAAGUCCCAUUGCCCCAUAGAGCCAUUGUGCUCUGUACCGUGUGACCCCCACCCCCCACCCCCAACUUCAUCGAAUGCCAUCUCUCUGACACUCCUGAUACUUGAUCCUUAUUCCAAAGCCAUCAGCCCAUGAGUGGCCGGAUGAAGAGUUUCAUCCCAUAAACAUAGAAGGCAGGUGGGGCACGGAUCGGGGCAGGGGGGUCAGACCCUUCCCCAGAGAAAUCUGACAACCGGGGUCGGGGGGGGGGGGGGAGACGGAAGUGGAUGAAAACAGUGCCCAAGGUUAUGAAACAGGAGAUGGGUCUUGUCUGUUCUAUGCCUCGUGUUCUCUCUUGAUCAAGAUCAAAAUUAAAAAACAAAAACUGAA